AAAUCAUACUAUUAACUUUUUAAAAAUAAAUGUACAAGUUAGACCUUAAAUAAAUGUACAAGUUAGGGUUUAGUAAUAUUAUAAAUAAAUCAAAACGGUAACCCUCGUUUGAAUUUUUGUGUGCUGGGCAGUUAAGCGCAGGCAUGAAUACGGCCAAGGGUUUUAUCACUGAAAAGAAGGACAGACAAGAAUCGGUUGAAUUUACCGAUUGGUCCAAACUUCCCCCUGAUGUUUCCCGAAUGAUCUUCGAAACCUUGAGCCCUCUCGAUUCUCACCGAGCAAAACUCGUUUGCUCAGAUUGGUAUUCCGUCUGGAAAACAUGCGAUAAUCUGCCUCCAUGCCCGCUUCAGAUCAUACACGUAGGUGGUUCACCGAUCUUGUCCGAAGACGAACACCAAGUCUACAGAAGAGAACCAGACGGACAAGAUUUACACGAGAAUACUCGCCGAAUCAUACACCAAGAAGGUGGUUCUUCGAACAUUCACUACCCGAGAAAAGAUUUAAGCAGCUGCUCUUGUAUGGCUAGCUACGGGAGCUGGCUCCUGAUGGUGAAUCAUAGUUGUAACAUCUAUCUUUUGAACCUUAUAACGUUUAAAAGGAUCAAUCUUCCAACAAUGACAUUAAAGCCAAAACGUGAUAGGGACGGAUCCCUGCCCUGGGAAAAAGUGUCGAGAGAUGAUCUCCUAUGGAAAAACACAGCUGUUCUGUGGGUAGACGACACGUCAGGUGAUUAUUUCGUUGCUUGGAUAUUCAGACAGACUUUCUUGUUCUCACACAGGAAAGGAGAUCAUUUGUGGUCGAGUGUCGAUAUCAAGUGCAAAGGUUCGGGUUUCGUGGAUGUGGCUUAUAGGAACCGUAAGCUUUACGUGUUGACAGCUGAAAAGCACAUCAAAAUUUUCGACUUCUCUCGAUAUAUAGAGUUGGACACUUAUGAGCAUCAUCCUUUUCGCUUUGAUGAGAAACCGUGGGAAUACACUUGGAAGACGAGACUAGCUAUCGAGGAGUCGGGAGAGGUUCUCAUCGUCUUGAGCUUAAAAGAAGUGAAGAAAAAUCGAGAGAAGCUUUUGUUUUACGUGUUUAAGAUGAAUCUCGAGAGUUGCAUGUGGGAGAGAGUAUAUUCUAUUGGAGACAACGAGAUGUUGAUUUUUGGUCAAGGUGUUACGGUAAAAGCACCGGUUAACGAUUUUGGUCAUGGAAUCAAGAGUGGUUCGAUAAAUUUCGUUCAAGAUGAUGUUUGGCCAGAUAGUGAUGAUGAUCAUCACGGUUCGGUCUGCGGUGUCUUCGAUCUUGCUACAAGUAGAAUCGAAUGGCCUGAGAAAAAAUGUUAUUAUAUAAGCAGAACCCAAUGGUAUGUUCUUGGAGUUGCUUAUUAGUAGUUUUUUUGUUUGAGUAUAGUUUAAUUUCUUCAGUCUUGAUGAAGUGAUUUUGUUUCUUGCAGAGUUUUUUAUUUUUUUGUUUGUUAGAUUAUUUGAUAUACGA